AUGAAGGCGCAGGAAAUAAACGGGCAAAUAAUCGCCCAGGGGAACUACACCAGAAGGGCCUUCCAAACAAACAACAUCAAGAUAAAGACGAAGAGCAUAGUCAGUGCCAUAGAAAAUCUGCCACCAAAAAAUACGAACCUAUUAACGCUGAAUGAAAACCUAAUUUCCAAAAUAAGGAGUGACGGAUUAGAAAUAAUAAAAAAGGAAGGAGAAAUUUUAGACGUCAAUUCGAAGAAUGUUUGUUACGCUCUGAAAAACGGAAAGUUUCGUUUGAUCAAUCAGAAUGGGGUUAACACUACAAGGAUAAAGCUACCCUACGACAAUGAGGUGGUCUAUGUUUCUUUCAACAAAGAGAAUGGGAACUUUUUGCUUAUCCUAGACAAUAAGGGACAUUUAUAUAUAUACAAUAUUAAUGAGUACAAGGUAGAGUUGAUCCUCUGUUUGAAUUUCCCUCCAUAUCAGAAGAAAGGAUCCUCAUGGACGACCUCCUUAUCCUCUUCCAAUAAUGUGGGUGUUCAGAAUACGUUGAAGAGUGGCCUUCCUUUAAAGGCCAGUUGGCUACCCAAGAGUGACAACUUCUUUCUAACGGGGCAUAACAACUGUUUGUAUAUUUGGAACAUUUCUUCGCUGAUUAAUGUGAUGGCUUCGAGAAAGAAGAAGGACGAGGUGGACGUCACUGAUGAGCUGGUUGCUGGGUGUGCGGUGACGCUCCUCUUUGAACCCAUCAUGCGGAAUUACAGCCACGUGGGUGCUAAGCAGGACAACACGUCGAAGGAUGCUACUACCGCAGAGAAGGCUCUGCUAAACACCUAUUGCAUGAGCCUGAACGGAAAGUACCUCCUCGCGCUGGUGAACAAUCACUACACAAUAAUUUGGCAACUACAGCGCAGCAAUCAGGGAAUCAAGUUUACCCUUGUGGGCUUCAGCUCCCUCCAGAAGGAAUUGAAGAGGGUUAUAUCGAUGCUGCAGACGGGGGGAUCACAGAACGGGGACGCCACGAGCGGGGCUGAUCAACAGAUCGGAAGAUGCAUGGAUGUGGAAAUAUCCUCUGUGCACAUAUUGAACAGCUUUUUUCAAUCGAACGAAAGUGGUGAUGACACGAACCAGAGCAACUACUACUUGAUUGUUUUCCACAGUUUGUGUUGCAUAUCUGUUUUCCCGUUUAAUAAUAGAGGUGACCCCACCGGAGAGGACACAACGGAGCGUAUUGAUAUACUGAGAGAGUGCAGUGUACAAAAUAUUUUCGUCGAAAGGGACAACGUGAGCAUCGAAAACAUGGAACUCUUUGUGGAUCCCUCGGAGUUCUUUGUCUUUUUUAACAUCUCCUACCGUGAGGGCGCCGCAAACAUGUCUUACAGCAGCAGGAGCCUCAUCUUUAUCCUAGAAAUAUUUAAUAAAAAAAGACUAGACUUUAAAAUACACCCAAAGUUUGUCCACCUACCGAAUAACUCCAUCCUGCCAUUGUGCUCCAUCAGAUUAAUCAAAACAAACGACUGCCUUAAAUUCUCUAAAGUUUUAAACGUGUCUGUUUCUUCCUCCUCUUUAAAUAUAAUUAAUCUUUUUCUUUUUUCCAUUAUUUUUAAUUCGUCUAAAAAGAGCGUGAGCGUGCAGUCUUUUUCUGCUCCUAUACCGCUACUCAUGGGGGAUGUUGCCGGCCCCAGUGGCGGGGAGGGCACUCCAGAUGGGAACACGCAGGAGGGGUCGAAAAGGGAAGAACCCAACAACAAGGAUACCAAGCAGGAAGAAAAACCGGGUAACAAGGGUACAAAGCAGGAAGAAGUACCCACUGUUAAUGACGGUCAAGCGACCGGCACGAACAAUGGACCUUCCCCUUCCGCAGCGCACCAUGGUGAGAAGAUCCAACCGAAUAAUAUUAAAAAGGAAAGUGAAGAACCUACGAGUAUACAGAAUAAUAUAGCUCACUAUGAGGAGUUCCUAAACGCGAUAAUGGCCCCUGGGGUGGGAAGUCAAAACACACCCGGUGCAGUGACAGGCAAGGGCGCCUUAACAGGUCUCCCAGAAAAUGCCAACAUUGGGCAUCCAAGUCAAAGGGAAGUUGCUACCCUACCAAAUGGCAGUGGAAACUCCCUCCAUCCUAUUAGUAAAGAUGAAAUGGCAUUUCUUACUUCGUUGAAAAGGCGAAGUGUCGACGCGGGGAUAACGCCGCAGGGGGAAGUAACCGUAGGUGCAUCUACUGCUAUUCAUAAUACCAGUGCGGAUGUGCUAGGUACCCAUGACGGAAUUCUAAACGGUAGUGGUGAUGUGAACUCGCGCAGUGUUGAAGCAAGUGUUAGUAUAAAAAAGACGCUAGAGGAUCUUAUGGGAAAGGGUAACCCAGACGAGGCAUCCCAUGGAGCAAAGAACCAGUUGAAGGGUCAUCCUGAAAUGGAGCAUAUGAAUGCCCUAACCAACGGAAUGCACGAAGGAGAGAAAUUGGAUAUGGCGCAGAAAGUGUGUGCAGUAGGAAGAAAUGCAGCCGUUGUGAGGAGCUCCCCUGACGAGGGCCUUGAAUGUGCAGGCAGCAAUUUUUAUGUGGAGGACAUCCCCACGCAGAAUGCCAACUCUAUUGGAGAAAUGCAAAGGAAUGCAAAGUUAGAAAAGUUAGAAAAAUUGGAAGAAGAGCAAAAGGAUGAAGAAGUAGAAAACACGGAAAGGUCAGCGCCAACGACGUCGCAUAGGAGCAGUAGAAAUGAGGACCAUGCAGAUGUCCUUUUUUCCUUUAUCGAUGGAGGAAGGAGGGCUGCUCCCCAAGGAGAAACCAACCCAGUAGAUGUGGGCAUAUCACUUCCCCCCUAUGUUGGGGUAAAUACAGAAAUGAUCGAACAGGAAGAAAAAAAAACCGUCGAACAUAACAGCAACAUUGACAUUAUAAUGUCGACACAUGAAGAUGCACUGAGGAGGUUCAUGGAGUGUGAGGACGGAGGUGAACCCAGCGAGAUGGACAAUCCGGAGAAUUCAGACGGGGAGAGCAUUCCCAAAGUGGAUUCUCAACAUAGCGUUAAUGAGGGAGAGGUAGCAGAAGAGCAGGUUCCACUCGAGGAGGACAUAGAACAUAACGAACCUUAUAAUAAGAAGGAGAACGACGGGGGCGUGAAGAAGGAGAAAAAUCUGAACUCCUUUUUACACAAGUUAGGGUUCUUUAAAAGUAGUCCCCCCGUAUGUGAGGAGACAGAAGCGGAGGAACCAACUCGGACAGUUCCAUCGGCGAAGGUACCCACAACAAUAAGCAGCACCAAUGAGGGGGGUCUCCUGAGGGAACACAAAGAUGAAAUGGAGAAGGAAAUACAACUGGAGGGACCAUCACACAAAAGUAAGAACAAGUCAGACGAGUGUAGCGAGGUUUGUGAGACUCGUGGAAGGGAGCACUCGGUUCUGGAUCCCACGGAGGGGGGAACUCCCAUGGUAGGUAAGGGAACGAAGCCGGUGGAGCAAAAAGAAGAAAGUGAAAUGAUCGAAUUGAAUAAAUGCUCUAAUGAAGAAGAACGGGUGAGCGUUAAGGCAGCCUUAAGUAACAGCAUUUCCUGGAACCCAACUAUGGAAGGACAAACAGGAAAGGUAUCAGAUGACUUGCUCAAACAGAUGUGUAGAGAGAUAUGCAAAAAGGUUAGCGACAAAAUGGCAGAUAUUAUAUACAAUGAAAUUGCAACCUCUGGAAUGGCAACCCUGACGGAGAAAGUCACUACCCGAGGACAAAUGAAGGAGAGUGACUUGGAAGGAAGCAUAAAUCCAGGAGGAGAAAAAUCAUACGAAGAAAUGGCAGCCAUGGUUAGCAAUUGUGACAAGAGGAUGAAUGAAAUAAUGGAAGAAAUAACCCUCCUCAAGAACGGAACUAAAAAUAUGAAUGGGAAGAUUUUUUCCAUUAGUACGACAGUGGGGAAGAUUUACGAUGCGAUGAAAGGGGGUGGUCUCCACAUAGGCGGGGUGAGCAAUGGUAACUGCGUGAGCGGUCAUGGGAUGUACCUUCGGGGGCAGAAGACUAACGGGUAUGAAAACAAGGUGGAGAAGCUGAUAAGCGAUAUGAGCAUUUUUAAGAAAGCCAUGUAUAAUGAGACGACCAAACUGUCACAGACGUUAUUGAGCAUGUCAGAGGACUUGAAAGGUGCCUUCGCGAGGUCGCUAAAGGGGAAUAACGAACAGCUAAAGAAGUGGGCACUAGACAAUGUGAGACAGGUUCGCAGGGAUGAAGAAGGACAUCAAAUGGGCACCACUACUGAAAACGGCGUAGAGCACAACGUGGACCACGAUAAGGCCAAUAAACAAACAGGGAAAAAAAGCACAACAACUUCUCUUAACAAAGAAAUGGAAGACUUCUUUACCAGCACCCAUCAGAACGCCGUGAAGAAAAUAAUGCCCUCAGUUAUCUCAUCGGAAAUUCAAAUUCAGUUCGCCAAAAGUGUAAUCCCUGGAAUGAAGGAAGCAUACAACACGGGCUUCCAGUCCAUGAAGGAGUCACUAAACUCGCUUCUAACGGAAAACAAGAAAAUGAUAAGUAAAGAAUUGUGUGCCAUAGAGAAGGCAGUGCUGUGUGAGAAGGCCGAAGGAGGAAAAAGUGAAGACGCACUAAUUUCCAUUAGCAAAAAACUGGAGGAUCUGCAAAGCGAAAUGAAGCUUUUCACCUUUAAUAUGUACAAGCAGAUUUCUUACCUGCGGGAUGAUAUUAACGGAAUUGGGAAGGCCCGUAUAAUGGAGGUGGCCGAUGGGGGGGAACUCGACCAUGCGAUGCUCCGUGCGGAGGGAGAGGAGGCCAAUGAGGAGGACAGUUCCGCAGAGGAGGAGGAAAUGGACCAACCGGCAGACCAAAACGGGGAGAACGACUACCUGAAUGGUUAUCGAAGCGGUUACCAAAGGAGUCAACCAAAUGGACAACCAAAUGGACAACAAACUGAUCUCCGAAAUGACCUCAGAGGCGACCCCAGUGGGGCAAGGCAGUAUGCACACCCAAACCAGAAAACCGUAGAUGAGAACCAAAAUAGAAGUAGCAGCUCCAUCGUGGAGUUAAAACAAGAAGAGGAUUACCCCUCUAAGCCACGUAACGAAACUUCGGACAUCCUUAUAAAAGGUCGAAUUAACCACCUACUAAGUGAGCGAGAAAUAAACCAAGCAUUCACGUUAGCUCUUUCCAUCGAUAUCGAAAGGAACACAAAUGCACACUGGCUGCUCCAGUUGUGUCAUAGAUUCAACGCGAAGCAACUCCUCAAAGACAGGUCGUCUCUAACACAACCAGUACUACUAGGCAUAAGCAAAAUUUUAUGUGAAUCUCUUGUGAAGACAUCAAAUUUAACAAUGGAGGAGGCAGACUUCAGGAUGAAGUGGGCUCAGGAGUGUCUCCAAGAAUUGGAUGUGAACCACUCAGAUUUAGUAAAAACGAACUCCUACAUUUUUGUGAAAAAUAUGCUAAAUAAUAUUUCCGCGUUUAGCUACCUUGUGGGGAAAGAAAUUGGGAAGCUGAACGAUUGUGUUGUCAAUUUGGCAAAGCUUGACUUAAACAAGAGGAUCCUUUUAAAUGAAGAUCCUCAGUUUGGAGGGAAGAAGAUGUCUAACAAGUCUGGCAUAGAGGAGACAGAGGCCCUGGCCAGUAGGAACCUAUACUUGGGCUCACCACAGAAGUAUUAUCUGCACAAUAAGAACAUGCUCGUGGCGCUGCAGGAGAGACUCAUGCUUAUUAGGAAGCUCCUUAAGAGCAUUAUCACCAGCCUGGGCGCGAACGAGGACACCCCCAUUUGCAGCAAGUAG